UCCAACUCUUGCAGGCAACUUUAAAGAAACUCCAGCUUCUUUUACCCUGUGAUCUCAGCUGACAGUACUGUUUGCCUUGAUUGAUCCAGCUCUGCUUCUGAAUCCUUGGAAUUUUACAGGACUCCCUUUCUUUUCUGAAAACUAAGGAUUUUUAAAUUGUUUUUAUUUUCCACUGCAAGAGAGCCUCAGCAUGGAAGCUGCCACUGUGGAAUAUGGAGAUAACUAUGAGUACUAUGAUGACAAUGAGACUGAUUGUGACUUCUCAGAGUGGGAGCCUUCCUACUCACUCAUCCCUGUCCUGUACAUGCUCAUCUUCAUCCUGGGCCUGUCAGGUAAUGGGGUCGUCAUCUUCACCGUCUGGAGAUCCAAAUCCAAGCGCCGGGCUGCAGAUGUCUACAUUGGCAACCUGGCUCUGGCUGACCUCACCUUUGUUGUAACCCUACCUCUCUGGGCUGUGUACACAGCCCUGGGCUACCACUGGCCCUUUGGUGUGGCUCUGUGUAAGAUCAGCAGCUAUGUUGUGCUGGUCAACAUGUACGCCAGUGUUUUCUGCCUCACCUGCCUGAGCUUUGACCGCUACCUGGCCAUUGUGCAUUCUCUGUCCAGCAGCAGGCUGCGUUCACGAGGCACCAUGCUGGCCUCCCUGGGUGCUAUUUGGCUCCUGUCAGGCCUGCUGGCUUUGCCCACGCUGCUGUUCCGCACCACCGUGAACGACCUCAACAGCAACCGCACCACAUGCGCCAUGGACUUCAGCCUGGUGACUAUGAACCGGAGGCAUGAGUUCCUGUGGAUCGCUGGGCUCAGCCUGUCCUCCUCUGCCCUGGGCUUCCUCCUACCCUUCCUGGCCAUGACCAUCUUCUACUGCUUCAUCGGCUGCACCGUCACACGCCACUUCAACAACCUGCGCAAGGAGGACCAGAAGAAGAGGAGGCUGCUGAAGAUUAUCACCACACUGGUGGUGGUCUUUGCCAUCUGCUGGACGCCCUUUCAUGUGCUGAAGAGCAUGGACGCCCUCUCCUACCUGAACCUGGCUCCCAGCUCCUGCGGGUUCCUGCGCUUCCUCCUGCUGGCGCACCCCUACGCUACCUGCCUGGCCUACGUCAACAGCUGUCUCAACCCGUUCUUGUACGCCUUCUUUGACCUGCGCUUUCGUUCCCAAUGUCUGUGCCUGCUCAACCUGAAGAAGGCCAUGCAUGGCCAGAUGAGCUCCAUGUCGUCUACACUCAGCGCCCAGACUCAGAAGUCAGAGGUUCAGUCACUGGCCACCAAGGUGUAGAGGAGAGAGGAAAGGUUGAGCAGGGCUGCGGGACAGUCCCGGCUCUAACUACUGGAACACUUGUAAAAAUCCAGACUUUAUGUGUCCGUUGUGCAAAAGCUGGUAAGACAUGAAUGAGAUGAUGAACUUUGAAUUGUCACUGCUCACAGUCAUGAAUUUCAUUAUGUUUUCCUCUGAUGCUGCGGUGAGAGGGGUAGACGCUCUGGGCGGGACACUUGAACCCCUGGACUUGGGAAGCUAGAGCCAGCUGGCUGAGCUCCUUAGCUGCUUCAUCCCUCAGACUCUCAGAAAAAAAAUCUAUUUUUAUUUUGUUGCUCCUGCUCUGCAAAAGUUGUCAUUUUUACUGUGAGAGGAACCAGACUUAUGGUUUUAACAAUCCACACUGAUAUUAAGAUUUGUGAGUGGCUACAAGUUGACUCUAUAUAACAUGGAAAUCUGUUUACACUGGGUGAUACAUAAAGCUGUACAGUAUUUUCAUACCGUAGCAUUUUACAGAUCUGUUACUGUUUUGUUUUAGAAGCACUUGAUAAAUUAACAGAGUCAAAAAAAAAACUGUUAUGUGUGCAGGGAAGUGAAACGGAGCACGGUCCUCUUAAGCUUGUUGUUUGUGAAGGUAGGAAGGAGUCCGGGGUGCAGGGGGGGGUGUAAGAGGAGAAAAGGUGUUGCAGCUUAAUUAUAUAGUUUGCGGAGGAGACAGGGGCAGACAGGCAGAUGGCAGUCGACAAAUGUUGUCAGGGAACAGGAAUGGGGCUGGGGUGGGGGAGGACGGGGGUGAGGGGUGUUGG